AUGACUACCGAAACACCUGCUUCUAACAUGAGGAUGCCAGUUCCAGCUAACCAUCUGGAUAAGCUAGAAAAGUUUGAUGGCUCAAACUUUAAGAGAUGGCAACAAAAGAUGUUCUUCUACCUCACGACCCUAAGUCUUGCGCGAUUCCUCACGGAGGAUCCUCCCACUCCCAAAAUCGAUGAGCCAAACGUGGCUUCAUCGUCGGAUGCAAACGUGCAUCCGAAAGUUGAUGUGCAAGCGGCCUCGGCCAUUGAUGCUUGGCACCAUUCAGAUUUCUUAUGUAGAAAUUACGUGUUGAAUGGUUUAUCAGAUUCAUUGUACAAUGUGUAUAGUGAGAAGAAUACGGCCAAAGAACUAUGGCAAUCUCUUGAACGUAAGUACAAACAGAAGAUGCGGGUGCAAAAAGUUUAUGGUCGGUCGAUUUUUGGACUACAAAAUGUGGCUGCUAUUAUUGAGAAGUUGCCACCGUCUUGGACCGAUUUCAAGAACUACCUUAAGCACAAAGCGAAAGGAGAUGAACGUAGAAGAAUGGAGGAAUCUCUAAGAAGUUCACGGCAAGUGUUUCAUUGCAAUGGCAUGGGCCAUAGAUCUUCCGAGUGCAAGAAGCCGAGAAGAGUUCGAGAGGCUAACUUGACUCAAGGAUUAUCGGGACAUGAUUUGUGUGCGAUGAUAUCUGAGGUGAAGGAAAAGUGUGUUAAGGUUGUCUUCAAGGAAAGAUUACCAUUGACUAAUGUGUUGUAUGUUCCGGAGAUUCGGAAAAAUUUGAUAUCCGGAUCUCUUCUAAGUAAGCAUGGUGUUAGAAUUUUAAGCCAAGUAUGA